CUCUCCCUCCUUGUGGCCUGCAUUAGUAUAUUGAUCUGAUGCUUCAAUUUGCUAGACCAGUUGCAGCGGUCUUUGGAGGACAGUCUCAGAGGACACAGGGGUGCAGCAGGCUGAACAGCAGCCAUCCGGAUGGGUAACGUACCCACCUCAGUGAAGCACUGCCUCAGCUAUGAGCAACUCAUCCAGGACUACCCAUGGCUAAGACGCUGGCUGCAGGAGGAGAAGACCAUCACAGGACAUGAGUACCCAGCGUUUGUUAGAAUAGUCGAAGUUGGGCCUAGGGAUGGACUUCAAAAUGAAAAGGAAAUUGUUCCGACAGGGGUGAAAAUCCAGCUGAUAGACUUGCUCUCAGAAACAGGCCUGCCUGUGAUCGAGGCCACCAGCUUUGUGUCUUCAAAGUGGGUACCUCAGAUGGCAGACCACUCUGAUGUUCUCAAAGGCAUCCAGCGAGCUCGUCAUGUUCAGUACCCUGUUCUGACACCUAACAUUCAAGGCUUUCAGGAUGCCGUUGCAGCUGGUGCAACUGAGGUGGCGGUGUUCGGGUCAGCGUCUGAAACAUUCAGUAAAAUGAAUAUUAACUGCUCUAUUGAUGAAAGCAUGCUGAGGUUUCAGGAAGUCAUUAACACUGCCAAAGCGCACCAAAUUCCUGUCCGUGGAUAUGUUUCUUGUGCCCUUGGAUGCCCCCAUGAGGGACACAUUGAACCUUCCAAAGUUGCUCAGGUGGCAAAGCGGUUGUAUGAAAUGGGCUGUUAUGAGAUUUCCCUUGGUGACACCAUUGGUGUGGGUACUCCAGGCUCCAUGGUUAAGAUGCUGCAGAGUGUUAUGAAAGAAGUGCCCAGCAGCGCUCUAGCAGUUCACUGCCAUGACACCUACGGACAAGCUCUGCCCAACAUUCUCAUUGCUCUUCAGAUGGGGGUCUAUGUGGUGGACUCUGCAGUAGCUGGUCUGGGUGGCUGCCCGUACGCUCAGGGCUCAUCUGGCAACGUUUCAACAGAGGAUGUUCUCUACAUGCUGCACGGCAUGGGCAUUGAGACUGGUGUGAAUCUUCCCAAAGUCAUAGAGGCUGGGGACUUCAUCUGCAAAGCUUUAAGUCGUAGGACAAACUCCAAGGUUGCCCAGGCAUUGAGUAGGACACUGUGAAGUGUUUCUGUACAUAAAUAUGUUUUAAUAUUUAACAACUUUCCAUUUAAAGUGCUUCCCCUGUUGUUGCUGCAUUUAACAUUGCUGCCUAUGCUGUCGAAUUUGGAGAUGUUGUUCGUCCAAUUAUGAAUCAUCAGAAGAUUUGGGCAUGUUUUGAUUUCCAAAAUCAGCUUGUUUUUGGUCUAUUUUGUAGCUUUUCAUUCAUUUUAGAGCAGUUAUCAACUGUAUGAUCAGGAUUUUGUGAGAUAUGUUGUUCUGCUUAAUUUGAGUUUUUUAGAGUUGGACCUCACUAAAGUAACUAUUAAGAAAGAGGUCAUUGAGACAAGUGUCCAAAUGAUAAGUUAUGACAACAAAGUGGCCUUUUAAAGUUGACAGUUUAAGUUUUUUAUCAGGCUCUUAUGUCAUUUAUAAAGGAUCAGUCGUUUCUGAUUUUUCAUGGCCCAGCAGCCUUAUAGAAAAGAGUCAAAGACUUAAGGACCAGCACUAGAUUGCACCAGCUAUGCCUAAAAUCAAAUGUAGCCUAAACAUAAUUUCUAUUAAAUUCAAAAUAAAUUAUGUACUACUUAUAUUUUAGUGUUGCACCAGCUUAGAUAGUUCCAACAUGGCAGAAAUUACAACUUCAAUCAUACAAAUUAUCCCAAGUAGAUUUAAAGUCCUCCCUAACAUUUUUGAGUGUUAUCUGUGAUCGACCCUCAGAAAUGUAUGAUGACUUUAUUAUGUUUUCCUGCUUUUAUCUAUGAAUAUGACACUAUUACGUGUUUAACGUAUUUCCCAAGUGCAGUUCAAACACAGCAAAAAAAUUUAAAAACAGCUUUUCCACACAUCUUGGUUUUAUUUUGUAUGCUUACAUUGUUUUACUUUCCACACAGAAACAAAAUUAUUUUACAAAAAACCCAAAACUACCCGGGUCUUAAUUAUUACCCCCCUUUAGAACUGACCUUUUUGUUGAGCAAAAGCAUAAACCACUGUUGUGCAAUAAUGAGCUUUAACUUUUUAAAGCUCAAAGCUUAUAAACUCAAGCUAAAAUUGAGGGCUGUCUUCCAAUUUUAACACAGUCUAAAAACUUCAGUAAUGCAUUGAGCUAUCACUAAGAAAGCAUCAUGACAAAAACAAAAUAAAUCAUAAGACAUUAGAAAAGAAUUGUUGAUGCUCACAAAGCAGGAGAGGGAUAUACAAAGUUAUCACAGCGUUUUCAAUCAUCAAGAACCAGAGUGAGAAGUACCAUCAGGAAAUUCAAAGACAGCUGCGCAGUACAGAACAAGCCUGGCAGAGGUAGGAAGAGAAAGAUUUCAAAGACUCUGGGAAGAAAACUAGUGAGAGAUGUGUCUAAAGACCCCAGAACAACUGCCAAGAUUCUAGUGAAUGACUUAGCCGAGCAAGGAAUCGUAGUAUCAAAGAAGACCAUGAGUAGAGCCCUUCACAGAAUGGACUGAGAAGUUGCAGACCAGGAAAAAGUCUACUUCUGCAGAAGAGACACCUUCAAGCCUGGCUGAAGUAUUCUAAGGAGAACCUGGAGAAAGUUUAUGCAUACUGGAAGCAUGUCCUUUGGUAAGAUGAGACCAAACUAGAGCUCUUUGGCCAUAGAGAUGUUGUUUAUGUUCCAUCCUCACAGUGAAAUGAGGUGGUGGGAGUAUAAUGCUGUAGGGAUGCUUCAGUGUGUCUGAAGCUGGGAAACCUGUAAAGCUGGAAGGAAUCGUGAAGAAAGAUGGAUAUAUGAAGAUUUUGAAAGAAGACCUCAAGCAGUCAGCAGCAAAACUGAGUCUGGGGCGUUGCUUUGUCUUCCAACACUACAACAACCCAAAACAUACGUGGCUCCUGGUGAAGAACUACCUUCAGAAGACCAAAGGGAACAUUAUUGACUUUCCUGUUUAAAGCCCUGACUUGAAUACCUUUGAAAAUCUGUGAAGUGACCUGAAGGCCAAGGUCCAUGCCAGAAGACCAUCAAUUCUGGAGGAACUUGAGAGAUAGGCCAAAGAAGAAUGGGCUGGGAUUCCUCAGGAGACAAGACUGAGAUUUGUUGAAAACUACUGAAGGCUGUUAUCCAACAAAAAGGAGAAACAUUUGACUAUUAGCAUCAGGGAGCUAAUAAUAUAGACCCUGGUGAAAGAAUUUUGUUUCUGUGUGUACAAAGUACAAUAAUGUAAGCAUACAAAAUAAAACUAGGAUGCUUGAGAAACCUGUGUUAAAAGUUCUUGCUCUAUUAAACGGCACUGGGGAAAUACUUUAAAAAAAUUCAAAUGUUCAUAAGGGGGCUAAUAAUUUUGUUCUCAUCCAUAUUAACGGUCAAACAAGCUAGGCUAACUCAUGCUAUUCAGAUAUUUCUAUUUUUAUCUAAUUAUUUCACCUUAAAUUGAUAAAUACAUUUUAGACUGUAGAGAAAAACUCGAUAAGACAUGCUUAAUUUCAAAUCAAAGUGAUUAUUCCAACAGAAUUGUAUGUCAUGCUGGUAUAUAUAUGACUUGUUGUAGCCUGCUAGCUAGUUCUCAGAUUUUUUGCUAAGCAGAACGCUCAUAUGGUUUCUCUGAUAUCCACCGCAAAAGUUACCUUUUUUUUCAACAUACUCUCAGCACAUUCUGGACAAAAAUAUUACAGAGGGGAGAGUUUCUUAGGCACACCGGGUAUCACAGAUUCCAGUAGGAAUAAAUGGACUUCAGGGCCUUAGUGCUCAGUCUUUUUUCUUUAUGGAUGUAGAUUUACACACUGGUCUUGCCUAAUGAAAACGGUUUCUGUUUAACAGUCUACCCAAGAACAUCUUCCAGCUAAGUUAGGCUCACAGUUCCCUCAAUCUGUGUUGGGACCAACCCAAAAGUUAGCCGUAAAAUCCACCCAAAGCUUUUUUGCCUGAUCAUUUCGUAAUUAAAGUGCCCCAGACAUAAAAUUUGAGACUUAUCUAAAUUUGCUUACUUAGUUUGAGGACUUUUUUAGAUAUAAAUUUACCUGAAGUGUGUGGCUGAGCGACCUUUGUGUGUUUCAGUGUAGGGUUUAUUGUGGACUUUACACCAUAACUUAUGGUAGAACUUAGAGCUGGUGUUAUAUGUCACAGGUCUGAUUUGGCCACUUUCUGAACUCUGAUAAUGAUGCAUUAAAGAGAGAGAAAUUAAGUAAAUCUCUACAUGCACCAUACUUCCUGCUGACCUAUUUAAGCCUUUCAACCCACUCUGAUCCAGAGUGAAGACGUAUUUCAAAGACAAUUAAAACAUCCUGUUCUCAGGUUUGCCAAAGAGGAUUUAGGAAGUGCCCAUCGAUCGUACUUUUGCCAUUAAAACUCAUACUACUCUAACAUAAGCUGCUCUUCAGGAGUUUUGUCUAAAUGUUAAAUGUAAUGUGUAUUUUAAGUCUCUCUUGUCAGAUUGUACUG